AUGCCCAAGAAUCUCGUCGUCUUCGACUUUGACUGGUCCUUCGUCGACCAGGACACGGACCGCUGGGUCUUCGAGGUCCUCGACACCAGCCUCCGUCGCACGCUCCAGAACCGCAAGAGCGCCGGCAGCCAGUGCAUGCCUGAUGUUGUCGACCAGACCAUGGAGGACCUCUUCAACGCCGGGUACAAGAAGGAGCAGGUGCUCGAUGCCCUCCGUCAGCUCCCUGUGCACCCCGCGAUGAAGCGCGCGGUCAACGGCCUCAAGCACCGGGGAGAGACCACCUUCCUCUGCCUCUCCAACUCGAACGAGGUCUACAUCGGCACUAUCCUCGAGCACCACGGCCUCGGUCACCUCUUCAACAAGGUCAUCACGAACCCUUCGCGCUGGGACGGCGACCGGCUGCACAUCGGGCGGCGUCUGCCCGCUGACGGCCCCCAGCACGGCUGCACGGUCGGCUGCCUGCCGAACAUGUGCAAGGGUGACGAGCUUGACGCCUGGCUUGCUGAGCACGGCGGCAAGGAGGCAUGGGACAAGAUUGUCUACGUCGGUGACGGCGGUAACGACUACUGCCCUUUGUUGCGCAUGCGCAAGGGCGACCUGGCGUGUGUGCGCAAGGGGUGCGAGCUGGGCGGGCGCAUCGAUCGUGAGGGCAAGAAGGACGGAUUCGCGCUCGACGUCGAGCUGUGGGACCAGGCUUGGAUUAUUGACGAAAUCUUCUCCAAGCUCUAA